GGGACCGGCGCGAGGCGGAGUCACGGAGAAGCUUUCUGCCACUCACACAGCGGCCGCGGCCCGCUGCCGCCGCCCCUCCCUUUACCCUUCACGGCGCCCGGCCCUCCUCGUCGGCGGCUUCUUUCUGCGCCUGGGCAGCCUGCCUUUUCCCUUUAACUUUCCUUUGCGUCUUCUCCCCCCGACUGUUUUAACACCAGAGUCGCGGGUCCUGCAGUGUCCCAGAAGCCGCACGUAUAAUUUGCUCGGUGGGUACCUCAUUUGAUUUCGGAGUUCUUUUCAUUCUUCUGAAACAUUUCAAAUCCUCUAGAAGCCAAAAUGGGACACAGUAAACAGAUUAGGAUUUUACUUCUGAACGAAAUGGAAAAGCUGGAAAAGACCCUCUUCAGACUUGAACAAGGGUUUGAACUACAGUUCCGAUUAGGCCCAACUUUACAGGGAAAAGCAGUUACUGUGUAUACAAAUUACCCAUUUCCCGGAGAAGCAUUUAAUCGAGAAAAAUUCCGUUCCCUGGAAUGGGAAAAUCCAACAGAAAGAGAAGAUGAUUCUGAUAAAUACUGUAAACUUCAUCUUCAACAAGCUGGAUCAUUUCAGUAUUACUUCCUUCAAGGAAAUGAGAAAAGUGGUGGAGGUUACAUAGUUGUGGACCCUAUUUUACGUGUUGGUGCUGAUAAUCAUGUGUUACCCUUGGACUGUGUUACUCUCCAGACAUUUUUAGCCAAGUGUAUGGGACCCUUUGAUGAAUGGGAAAGCAGACUUAGGGUUGCAAAAGAAUCAGGCUACAACAUGAUUCAUUUUACCCCGUUGCAGACUCUUGGACUAUCUAGGUCAUGCUAUUCCCUUGCUGAUCAGUUAGAAUUAAAUCCUGAUUUUUCAAGACCUAAUAAAAAAUACACCUGGACUGAUGUUGGACAGCUAGUGGAAAAAUUGAAAAAAGAAUGGAAUAUUCUUUGUAUUACUGAUGUUGUCUACAAUCAUACUGCUACUAAAAGUAAAUGGCUCCAGGAACAUCCAGAAAGUGCAUAUAACCUUGUGAAUUCCCCACACUUAAAACCUGCCUGGGUCUUAGACAGAGCACUUUGGCACUUAUCCUGUGAUGUUGCAGAAGGGAAAUACAAAGAAAGAGGAGUAGCUGCUUUGAUUGAAAAUGAUCAUCAAAUGAAUUGCAUUCGAAAAAUAAUUUGGGAGGAUAUUUUCCCAAAGAUCCAUCUGUGGGAAUUUUUCCAAGUAGAUGUUGACAAAGCAGUUGAGCAAUUUAGAGGACUUCUUACACAAGAAAAUAGGAAAACAACAAAGCCUGAUCCAAAACAACACCUUAAGAUUAUUCAGGAUCCUGAAUACAGACGACUUGGCUGUACUGUAGAUAUGAACGUUGCACUAGCAACUUUCAUACCACAUGAUAAUGGGCCAGGUGCAAUUAACGAAUGCUGCAGUUGGUUCCAGAAGAGAAUUGAGGAAUUAAAUUCAGAGAAGCAUCAGCUCGUGAACUACCAUCAGGAACAGGCAGUUAAUUGCCUUUUGGGAAAUGUGUUUUAUGACCGACUGGCUGGCCAUGGUCCUAAACUAGGACCUGUCACUAGAGAACAUCCUUUGGUUACCAGAUAUUUUACUUUCCCUUUUGAAGAAAUGCCCCUCUCCACAGAAGAAUCUAUGAUUCAUGUCCCAAAUAAAGCUUGUUUUCUGAUGGCACAUAAUGGAUGGGUAAUGGGAGAUGAUCCCCUUCGAAACUUUGCUGAACCAGGUUCAGAUGUUUAUCUAAGGAGAGAACUUAUUUGCUGGGGAGACAGUGUUAAAUUACGCUAUGGGAAAAAACCAGAGGACUGUCCUUAUCUCUGGGCACACAUGAAAAAAUACACUGAAAUAACUGCGACUUAUUUCCAGGGAGUCCGUCUUGAUAACUGUCACUCAACACCUCUUCAUGUAGCCGAGUACAUGUUGGAUGCUGCUAGGAAAUUGCAACCCAAUUUAUAUGUAGUAGCUGAACUGUUCACAGGAAGUGAAGACCUGGACAAUAUCUUUGUUACUAGACUGGGCAUUAGUUCCUUAAUAAGAGAGGCAAUGAGUGCAUAUGACAGUCAUGAAGAGGGCAGAUUAGUUUACCGAUAUGGAGGAGAACCUGUUGGAUCCUUCGUUCAGCCCUGUUUGAGGCCUUUAAUGCCAGCUAUUGCACAUGCCCUGUUUAUGGAUGUUACCCAUGAUAAUGAGUGUCCUAUUGUGCAUAGGUCAGCAUAUGAUGCUCUCCCAAGUUCCACGAUUGUUUCUAUGGCAUGUUGUGCUAGUGGAAGUACUAAGGGCUAUGACGAAUUAGUGCCUCAUCAGAUUUCAGUAGUUUCUGAAGAACGGUUUUACACUAAGUGGAAUCCUGCAGCAUCACCAUCCAAUUUCGGUGAAGUUAAUUUCCAAAGUGGCAUCAUUGCAGCCAGGUGUGCCAUCAAUAAACUUCACCAAGAGCUUGGAGCCAAGGGUUUUAUUCAGGUGUAUGUGGAUCAAGUUGAUGAAGACAUAGUGGCAGUAACAAGACACUCACCUAGUAUCCAUCAAUCAGUUGUAUCUGUGUCUAGAACUGCUUUCAGGAAUCCCAAGACUUCAUUUUACAGCAAGGAAGUGCCUCAAAUGUGCAUCCCUGGUAAAAUUGAAGAAGUAGUUCUUGAAGCUAGAACUGUUGAGAGAAAUACGGAACCUUACAGGAAGGAUGGUAGUUCAAUCAAUGGAAUGCCAAAUAUCACAGUAGAAAUUAGAGAACAUAUUCAGCUUAAUGAAAGUAAAAUUGUUAAAGAAGCUGGAAUUACCACAAAAGGACCCAAUGAAUAUAUUCAAGAAAUAGAAUUUGAAAAUUUGUCUCCUGGAAGUGUUAUUAUAUUCAGAGUUAGUCUUGAUCCACAUGCACAAGCUGCUGUUGGAAUUCUUCGAAAUCAUCUGACACAGUUCAGUCCUCAUUUUAAAUCUGGGAGUCUUGCUGUUGACAACACAGAUCCUAUAUUAAAAAUUCCUUUUGCUUCUAUUGCCUCUAAAUUAACUUUGGCUGAGCUAAAUCAGGUACUUUACCGAUGUGAAUCAGAAGAACAAGAAGAUGGUGGAGGGUGUUAUAACAUACCAAACUGGUCAUCUCUUAAAUAUGCAGGUCUUCAAGGAUUAAUGUCCAUAUUGGCAGAAAUAAGACCGAAGAAUGACUUGGGGCAUCCCUUUUGUGAUAAUUUGAGAUCUGGAGACUGGAUGAUUGACUAUGUCAGUAACCGGCUUAUUUCACGGUCAGGAACAAUUGCUGAAGUUGGUAAAUGGUUGCAGGCUAUGUUCUUCUACCUGAAGCAGAUCCCACGUUACCUUAUCCCAUGUUACUUUGAUGCUAUAUUAAUUGGUGCAUAUACCACUCUCCUGGAUAUAGCAUGGAAGCAGAUGUCAAGCUUUGUUCAGAACGGUUCUACCUUUGUGAAACACCUUUCCCUGGGUUCAGUCCAAAUGUGUGGAGUAGGAAAAUCCCCUUCUCUGCCACUUCUUUCACCUUCCCUCAUGGAUGUACCAUGCAGGCUGAAUGAAAUCACAAGAGAGAAGGAGCAGUGUUGUGUGUCUCUAGCCGCAGGCUUACCUCACUUUUCUUCUGGUAUUUUCCGCUGCUGGGGAAGGGAUACUUUUAUUGCCCUCAGAGGUCUGCUGCUGAUUACUGGACGCUACUUGGAGGCCAGGAAUAUUAUUUUAGCAUUUGCUGGUACCCUGAGACAUGGUCUCAUUCCUAAUCUCCUGGGUGAAGGAACUCAUGCCAGAUACAACUGCCGGGAUGCUGUGUGGUGGUGGCUGCAGUGUAUUCAGGAUUAUUGUAAAAUGGUCCCAAAUGGUCUAGACAUUCUCAGGUGCCCAGUUUCCAGAAUGUAUCCUACAGAUGAUUCUGCUCCUUUGUCUGCUGGCACACUGGAUCAACCAUUGUUUGAAGUAAUACAGGAAGCUAUGCAAAGACACAUACAGGGCAUACAGUUCCGAGAAAGGAAUGCUGGUCCACAGAUAGAUCGGAACAUGAAGGAUGAAGGUUUUAAUAUAACUGCAGGUGUUGAUGAAGAAACAGGAUUUGUUUAUGGAGGAAAUCGCUUAAAUUGUGGUACAUGGAUGGAUAAAAUGGGAGAAAGUGACAGAGCUAGAAACAAAGGAAUCCCAGCCACUCCAAGAGAUGGGUCUGCUGUGGAAAUUGUGGGCCUGAGUAAAUCUGCUGUUCGUUGGUUGCUGGAAUUAUCCCAAAAAAAUAUUUUUCCUUAUCAUGAAGUUACAGUAAAAAGACAUGGAAAAGUUGUGAGAGUCUCAUAUGAUGAGUGGAACAGAAAAAUACAAGAUAACUUUGAAAAGUUAUUUUAUGUGUCAGAAGACCCUUCUGAUGUCAAUGAAAAGCAUUCUAAUCUGGUGCAUAAACGUGGCAUAUACAAAGAUAGUUAUGGAGCUUCAAGCCCUUGGUGUGACUACCAGCUCAGGCCUAAUUUUACCAUAGCAAUGGUUGUGGCCCCUGAGCUCUUUACUACAGAAAAAGCAUGGAAAGCUUUGGAGAUUGCAGGAGAAAAAUUGCUUGGUCCUCUUGGCAUGAAAACUUUGGAUCCAGAUGAUAUGGUUUACUGUGGAACUUAUGACAAUGCCUUAGACAACGACAACUACAGUCUUGCUAAAGGUUUCAAUUAUCACCAAGGACCUGAGUGGCUGUGGCCUGUUGGGUAUUUUCUUCGUGCGAAAUUAUAUUUUUCCAAAUUGAUGGGUCCCGAGAUUACUUCAAAGACUAUAUUUUUGGUUAAAAAUGUUCUUUCUCGACAUUAUGUUCAUCUUGAGAGAUCCCCUUGGAAAGGACUUCCAGAACUGACCAACGAGAAUGGCCAAUACUGUCCUUUCAGCUGUGAAACACAAGCCUGGUCAAUUGCUGCUAUUCUUGAAACACUCUAUGAUUUAUAG